AAAUUAGAUUUGAUUUGUUUUGUAAAUGUAACUUUGUUGGCGACUUAAACUUUCACUAAUUAGCGAAAAUUUCAAAAUGAAAACUAGAAUCUGUUAACCCUUUGAAGAUGUAUUACCUAUUACUCGAAAAAACAUAAUGGCUUUCAAUAGUUUUUUCCGUGAUAACAUUAAAGUUUUAACAUCGAUAUUAGUAAUCGUAAUUGGUGUUUUGUUUUACAAAAAAUAUGGAGAGCUACAAAAUUUUUCUACUGAGCAGAGAAGUCAUCGAUUGGUCUUCACCCAAGAACAGCUGAGUCAGUAUGAUGGACUUGCUCAUGAUAAGCUUUAUUUGGCUGUUCUUGGACAAGUCUUUGAUGUGUCAGAUGGUAGAAAACAUUAUGAAAAAGGCUCCUCUUAUAACUAUUUUAUUGGUAAGGAUGGGUCAAGAGCACUUGUUACUGGGAAUUUUAAGGAUGAGAGCUCUAUAAAAGAUCAUGUUUUAGAUUUGUCUUGUAAUGACUUAAAUACAUUAUUAAAUUGGCGACAAACUUACAGAAAAAAGUAUAAGUUUGUAGGAUUUUUAAAUGAAAGGUACUAUGAUGAAUAUGGUUCAGAAACAAAUUACUUGAAACAAUUCAAAAGUAAAUUAAAAGAAUGUAAGACAGAAAAAAUCAAGCAGGAGAAAGAAAAUCUCAAAUACCCUCCGUGCAACAUUUCUUGGAAUGAAGAAGAGGGUUCACGAGUGUGGUGCACUAAAACAAGCGGUGGUAUUGUAAGAAACUGGGUGGGAGUCCCGAGGCAACUCUUCACACCUGGUGAAGAAAAACCACAUUGUGUUUGUGUCAACCCUGACAUGGACACUGAUAGUACAAAACUAUUGAAGAAAUAUACUGAUUGCCCUGAUACCUCGACAAUAUGCAAUAUAUUGAAUGUCUAAAUAUUGCAUUUCCAUGUUCUCAUUUAGCUAUAAAAUAUCUAAAAACUAAUACUACUAAGGUUUUUAUUAUAUAUUUUUUACAAAAGUAAGUUUUAAAAUACAUGUAUUAUUAAGGUUUUUGUUAUUUUUCUGACCACCAAGUAAUAAAGAUGUAUCACAAUUUGACAAAAUACUCUUUGUUGUUAAAUAGAAAUGUUAA